CUCGGUCGCCUUUGUCGCUGGCAUCGCCGACUUUGUGACCUCGUCGACAUGGUUGCCUCAUGCUACGAGCUACCAUUGUUUGUCGUGAUAGCGUACUGUUUCGCAAACUCAGUAUUCGGCGUCUACCUAGUAAUAACUUUCCGUGGACCCGAUAGUCUUCUUAGAAUAACGGGCGUCAUUUGGUCUGUCGCUUAUGGCUGCCGUUUGAUUCUCAUUGCUGUCAUCCCUUCAGUUACUGUGGCCCAGGCUAAAAAGUCACGAAUGCUCGUAGAACGUUUAAACAAUCGAUACCUGGACGAUGCUUCUAAGCAAGAGAUCUUAAUAUUUAUCAGCCAUCUAUCGAGCAGAAAUAUUUCAUUCAACGUUUGUGGCUUCUUUACACUCAAUAUUCCAUUCCUUCGUUCGAUUGCUGUUGCUAUAGUGACGUACGUGAUUUUGUUAAUGCAGUUUAAAUUUCCUGAAAAUUAGUACUGCUUAUCUACAGAAGCUAAACUGUUUUUACAGAAUGUUGCA